AUGGGUGACUUCUCUUGGAGGCCCUUAGUGAAGAAGGUUGGACUUGCUAGUGGGACUACACCAUUGCCUGUUGUCGUUCCUACUACUAGAGAAGGGAGUCACCCCUCAAGUUUGCAAGAUCUACCUCCAACUUCAUCGGCCAUCCAGGCUUCUACUCCUAAUGCUGCUACUAUUGUUGUUGCUUCUACUUCUCCACCUCCUUCUGUUGUGUUUGUUCAGGAGGUCGCUCCUACUGCUGAAGUUAGUGCACCAAUCGCUUUGGUUGGUCCUGUUGUGGCUCCUUCAUCCACUGUCGUUGCAUCCUUGCUGAGUGCCAGUGUGAUGACCGCAAGUGCUCCCAAGAUUUCACCUCCUCCUUCUUUAGCUCUGCCAGUUCCCCUUUCAGCUGUGUUGGCAUCGCCAUCGCCUUCCACCUCCUCUCACCCCCCAUGUUUCUUUAGAUCACAUCUACACCUCUUGAGAUGUUGA